ACUCUUGAAUUGAGGGAACUUGGGGGACUUUGAGCAUACGCACACAAACACACACAUCCACACAGUCACCAUGCUGAUGUCUGCGCUGCUGUUCUUGUUUGGAGUCUUCCUCCUCUUCUUCCUUUUCAGGGUGAGAAGACCCAAGAACUUUCCUCCUGGACCAAGAGCACUUCCUCUGCUGGGAACCCUGCUGGAGAUCAACCCACACAACCCACUAAAGAGUUACAAGAAGUUGGCAGAGCGCUAUGGUCCUGUCUACAGUCUGUACAUUGGUCGUCGUCCUGCGGUGGUGUUGGCUGGUCAGAAGGUCAUCAGAGAAGCUCUCGUCACCAGAGCCUCUCAUUUUGCAGGACGACCAGAUCACAUGUUGAUUUCUCAUAUCGUGGAAUGCAAAGGAGUGUCUAUGGCAGAUUACGGCCCUGCAUGGCAAGAGCACCGACGCUUCGCCCUGACCACACUGCGGAACUUUGGGAUGGGGAAGCGCUCCAUGGAGGAGAGAAUUCUAGAAGAAACUCAACACAUCUGUGCCGAAGUGGAGAAGCAUUCCGGGAAGACUAUGGAUCCUCAGCAUCUCUUCCACUAUGCCACCUGUAACAUUAUCUGUUCCAUUCUUUUUGGAUGUCGGUUUGAGAAUGACGACACCUAUUUUAAGAAUCUCAUCGUCAUGAUUGAAGAAUUUCUUAAAUUAAUCUAUAGCCCUUGGGCAAUGCUCUAUGAUGUUGCUCCAUUCACAAGGAAUCUUCCUCUGCCGUUCAAUCGGACUUUUGAUGUUGUCAGACGGAUCAAAGCCCACAUCCUGAAGGUGAUUGCCCAGCACAAAGACUCAUGGGUUUCAGGCCAGCCUAGAGACCUCAUCGACUGCUACCUAGAUGAGCUAGAGAUGAGAGAUGUAUUGCAGAGGACAGACAAAGGCACCACCUUUGAGGAUAGUCAACUGGUAUCCAUGUUGUUUGACCUGCUGACUGCUGGGACUGACACCACCUCAAACACUCUGAGGACAACUACACUCUACCUCACGACCCACCCCCACAUACAGGAACGUUGCUACCAGGAGAUCGAGGAAGUGCUAGGUUCUCGUGAGCAAGUGUGCUUUGAGGAUCGCCAGUCCAUGCCCUACGUCCAGGCUGUGAUCCAUGAAGCCCAGAGAGUGGCUGAUGUUACUCCUAUCGGAUUGUAUCACAACACAACCACUGACACACACAUCCAUGGCUACAACAUCCCCAAGGGCACGAUGAUUAUUCCUCUCCUGUCCUCAGCGCUACAUGAGGAGGGUCAGUGGAAGUCCCCUCAUGACUUCAACCCUGAGAAUUUCCUGAACGAGAGGGGGGAGUUUGUCAAGCCUGACGCCUUCAUGCCCUUCUCUGCAGGCUCCCGUAUGUGUCCGGCGGAGGGGCUUGCUCGCAUGGAGCUUUACCUCAUCCUGGUCACAUUGCUGCGUCGCUUCCGAUUGGUCUGGCCAGAGGAAAGGGGUGCUCCUGAUUAUGACAUGGCAUUUGGAAUCACACAGGCACCCAAACCGUUCCAUGUCACUGUCCACCUGAGAGGGGACCGGAACUAAUGGCUCCUCACGUAGUUUCUUUGCAAGGGUUUGUUUUUAAAGUAAAAUACACAUUUUGAGGUGAAUAUGUUUGUCAGAACAGAUACAUUUGUCCAAACAUACAUCUGAAAGGUAACUAUCAGUCCAACUCCCAACAUGUUUGCAGAGAACUACCUCCUCAAACUGUUUGUGAGUGUUUGAAAAUGUUUGCAGAAUACCCAAGGCAAACAGACAGAGCUGCAAAUGUUGUCUUACGUUUGUGAAU